GCUCGGGCUCGGGCUCGGGCUCGGGCCGGGGGCGCUGCUUCGCUUCGGGGUUUUCUUUUUUUUUCGCAUGAAGAUGGCGGCUCCCAUCGCCGGCAAGGCGGGGGCCGCGGGCGCGGGCAGCAAGCCGCCCUUCCCGGAGCUGGAUUUCAGGUCGGGCGCCAGGAUGGAGGAGCUGAACAAACUCAUCCAGGAAUUCAGCAAGCACGACCAGCGCGAGUACGACGACCAGCGCGCCCUGGAGAUCCACACGGCCAAGGACUUCAUCUUCUCCAUGCUGGGCAUGGUGCAGAAACUGGACCAAAAGCUCCCAGUAGCCAACGAGUACCUGUUGCUUUCGGGCGGCGUCCGGGAGGGCGUGGUGGACCUCGACCUCGACGAGUUAAACGUGUACGCUCGUGGCACAGACUACGACAUGGACUUCACCCUCCUGGUGCCUGCUCUGAAGCUGCACGACCGAAACCAGCCGGUCACGCUGGACAUGCGGCACUCGGCUUUGUGCCACUCGUGGCUCAGUCUUCGGCUCUUUGACGAGGGCACUAUAAGCAAGUGGAAAGACUGCUGCACGAUCGUGGACCAUAUCAACGGGGCUACCAAUUACUUCUUCUCCCCGACGAAGGUGGCGGACUGGUUCUACGACUCCAUCAGCAUCGUCCUAUCUGAGAUCCAAAAGAAGCCGCAGCGUGGGAUGCCAAAGGUAGAGAAGGUGGAGAAGAACGGGACGAUCAUCUCCAUCAUCUUGGGAGUGGGCAGCAGCCGGAUGCUGUAUGACAUUGUCCCUGUGGUGUCUUUCAAAGGCUGGCCGGCCGUGGCCCAGAGCUGGCUGAUGGAGAACCACUUCUGGGACGGCAAGAUUACGGAGGAGGAAGUCAUCAGUGGGUUUUACCUCGUGCCUGCGUGUUCCUACAAGGGGAAGAAGGACAACGAGUGGCGGCUGUCGUUUGCCAGGAGCGAAGUGCAGCUGAAAAAGUGCAUCUCCAGCAGCCUCAUGCAAGCCUACCAGGCCUGCAAGGCGAUCAUCAUCAAACUCCUCUCCCGGCCCAAAGCCAUCAGUCCGUAUCACCUGCGGAGCAUGAUGCUCUGGGCCUGUGACAGGCUACCCGCCAAUUACUUGGCCCAAGAGGAUUAUGCUGCCCAUUUCUUGCUGGGGCUCAUCGACGACUUGCAGCAUUGCUUGGUCAAUAAGAUGUGCCCCAAUUACUUCAUCCCUCAGUGCAACAUGCUGGAGCACCUCUCCGAGGAGACGGUGAUGCUGCACGCGCGGAAGCUGUCCUCGGUCCGCUCGGAUCCCACCGAACACCUCCGAACUGCCAUCGAGCACGUCAAGGCGGCCAACCGGCUCACGCUCGAGCUCCAAAGGCGAGGCAGCACCACCAGCAUCCCCUCCCCGCAGUCGGACGGCGGGGACUCCAACCAGCCCGAUGACCGGUUAGCCAAAAAACUGCAACAGCUAGUGACUGAAAACCCGGGGAAAUCCAUCUCCGUCUUCAUCAACCCAGAUGACGUCACGAGGCCUCAUUUCAGAAUCGAUGACAAAUUUUUCUGAGCUUUCGCUGGCAUUUUCUUUUUUUUUUUCUUUUUUUUUUUUUAAAAACAAACUUUACAAUAUGUAGGGGUUCUUCCUUUUUUUUGUUGGUUGGUUGGUUGCUCUUUUGGUGACUGUCUGGCGUUUUUUACAUAUCCAGCAUAGAUUGGAUCUGUUGAGAACAGUACAAAUAAAUUAUAAAUCCUGGUUCUGCAGGACGGUGCAGAUUUUGAAACAGUAUAUUACUAUUUCAUAUGCUGCUUUGGUUCUUGCCUCCCCACCCCCCUUCCCAGCCCCCUUUGUUCGUGUGUAGUUUCUAAUGGAGAAUGUGAGCCAUAAACGCACAUGCCCAUGUCUUUUUUUUCUUUCCCCCCCACCGGCUUCCAUAAUUAUGCACAAUUAUUUUGGGUGGGCAGAGGGGAAAUCCCCUUCCUCCACGUAGAAAAUCCAGUUGCUCUUUCCACGAGCUUCCAUCACUAAAGAAAUGGGGAGAGACCCCAGGUAGGGAAGUGCUAGUUGGUAUUUUUAGCUGGCCAAACCCACGGGCCUCCGUACUGUGUCUCUGCUCUUCGCUCUCGCACCGAGGGAGCAAACGAACAUUAACACUGACGAUGCAACAAACGUUUUUUGGGGGGGUGGGGAGGGGGGGAAGAGGGAAUCCAUCUUUUCUUGAAUGUAAUUGUUCAUAAUCAGACCUUGUACAGUACAGAAGGUUGUUUCUGCUGCUUUUCCAUGCGGAAUAAGGUUAUGGGAUGUUAGUUUUAGUGUGUGUAAUUAUUCAAAGCCUUAUUUAAAUUCUAUUAAAGAACAUACCAUUAUCAAUGUUAAUUGCACUAAUGAAAUCUUUGCCAUUACCUCAC